AUGGCUGCGACAAAACGACCUAACUUCCUGAUCAUAGUCGCCGAUGACCUUGGCUUCAGUGACCUCAAGCCCUAUGGCUCCGAGAUUGACACGCCCGUGCUGGACCGUCUGUCCAAAGACGGCAUCCGCAUGACAAACUUCCACACAGCGCAGGCAUGCUCUCCCACGAGAUCCAUGCUCCUUUCUGGCACAGACAACCACAUUGCUGGGCUUGGUCAAAUGGCUGAGUUUGCCAAGAUGAAGAAGAAGCUCACUGGCAAGGACCCCGAGUACGUCGGCAAGCCGGGCUACGAAGGCUACCUCAACUGGAGAGUGGCUGCUCUGCCCGAAAUCCUCGCAGACUCUGGCUACCUGACGAUCAUGUCUGGGAAGUGGCAUCUGGGCAUGACGCCCGACGUGUCACCAAGCGCACGAGGCUUUAAAAAGAGCUUUGGGUUCUUACCUGGGUGCGGCAACCACUUCAACUACGAGCCGCAGUUUGAUGCAGAUGAGGAUUCGAUGCUCCUCACUUCUGACGGGUUCUGGAUGGAGAAUGAAAAACACAUUGACAGAAAGAAGGAUUUGCCCAAGGAUUUCUACUCGACCAAUUUCUUCACGGACAAGCUCAUUGAGAUGCUCGCAGACAGGGCCGACGAGGAAAAAGAGCAGCCAUUCUUCUCGGUAAUCGAUGCGCUCGAGGCGUCUGGCGAACUCGACAAUACCUUUAUUCUGUUCAUGUCGGACAAUGGUGCCGAAGGAUCCACGUUGGAAGCAGCGCCUUUAUUGUCGUCUUUCAAAACACUGGGUGAUUUGAUUGCGGCUUACUACGACAAUAGCCUUGAGAACAUCGGCCGGCAUGACUCGUACGUCUGGUAUGGCUCGCGCUGGGCGUGCGCCGCCACGGCCCCUUCACGCGGCUUCAAAGGAUGGUCAACAGAGGGAGGCAUACGCUUCAUGGACAUUCUCCCCACCAUUCUCCAGCUCGCCCAAGUGCAGCACCCCGGGACGACCUUCCGAGGCCGCCAGGUCGUCGAGCCCCGUGGCAAGUCUUGGGUAAAUCAUCUCGCCUCACCCAAGGACCAUCCUGCAGUUCACGAGGAUGCCAAGCACAUCCAUGGCUGGGAGCUGUUUGGCAAUCGCGCAAUCCGUAGAGGCAACUGGAAAGCCGUCUUGUUGGCAAAACAGGGCGGCGAAGGCUGGGAGCUGUACAAUGUAGAGGACGACCCGGCCGAGCAACACAAUCUGGCAGAGACGCGCCCGGAGGUUCUAGAGGAAAUGCUCGUUCACUGGGCUACGUUGGCGGCCGAGGAUCGGGCCUUGUUGAGUCACUGGCACACGGUUGCGUUCAAGAGCGUCGUGACUCAGGAAGAUGCUCAAGAUCUGUGGCAGGACGAGGUCACGCAUCUCGCCCUCGAGCACCCAGUUAUCCUUAAUAUGGUGCUGGCCAUUUCAUCCUUCGAACAAGCGUACACUGCCCACUCUUCAUCCAUUGAGACGAAAACCAAUCGCCGACAACGAGAUGUAUGCGCCCACCGAGGCUUCAAAUACUCUCAGAAUGCCGUCGCGAUGAUGCGGCACACGGUGUCCCAAGUGAACCGGGAAAACGGCCCCGUGUGCCAUCUCGCCUCCAUCCUCAUCCUCAUCAGCUCCUACGCAGAAGGGUGCCUCAAGGAGCUUCUUCGCGACAAGAAGCAGCCUCCGUCCAUGCUGCAGGACCUCCUCGUGACCUGCAAGCUCACAAGAGGGUCCAAGGCCAUCGCGGACACCUUUGGGGUCAUCCGCCCCGAGCGGCGGGAAAAGGUCUUGUUCGUGAGCGAGGCAGAGCCGCCGGAGCAUGGCCCCCUGGACCCGAUACUGCGCCUACUCGACUCCCUGGAUUUUCUCAACGACGAGAAGGAUCCCGUGGUGAGGCGCGUCUGCCAGGACGCCCUCGACCUGAUGAGGUGGCUGGUUGCCAAGGCGCAGACCUCGGAGUGGUGGCCUGCGCAUAGAGCUUCGUUGCAGUGGGCGUGUUUUGUCAGCCAGGACUUUGUGAGGCUCUGGGAGGCGCGUGAACCUGCGGCACUGGUGGUCGUGUCGUACGGUUGCUUCUUGGCGAACGGUCACACGAACAGUAAAAUCAACAAGCUUUGA